GCGGUGCAGUUGUCGGAGGGUGAGUGGGUAGUGCCGCACCUUGCGCAAGGCACUCGACCUCGUGGGGCAGCAAGGAUGGGAGCGCAGAGCCCGGCGCUGGUCUGCACAGCCCUGGCCGCGUGCCUGGCUCUCACCGGGGCCACCCACCCCGGCUUCAAGGUCAGGAUCACCCAGGCGGGCUUGAACUACGCUCGUGAGCAUGCAGUUGCUGCCCUGGAGGAGGAGCUAAGUCAGCUGAGGCUGCCAGAUAUCUCGGGGGACUUCAGAGUGCCGAACGUAGGAAAAGUGUACUACGAGCUCUCCAGCUUGAAGCUUCGCAGUUUCCACUUGCCAGACUCAUCGAUCUUCCCAGUCCCCAAUGUGGGCCUGCAAGUCACCAUCUCCAACGCCUUCGCUGAGGUGGACGGGGACUGGCGGGUGAAGGUGUAUUUCAUUAGGGACCAUGGUUCGUUUGACCUGAAGGUUGAGGAUCUCUAUAUCAGAAUCAGCCUGACGCUGGGCAGUGAUGCCUCCGGGAAACCCACUGCUGAUGCCUCUGACUGCAGCACUCACAUCUCCAACAUUCGGAUAUACUUUUCGGGCAAGUUUGGCUGGCUUUACAACCUCUUCCACAGUGUUAUCGAGUCCACAUUCAGGAGGAUCUUGGAGAGCAAGGUGUGUGAAAACGUGGUCAGCUCUGUCCACAGUGAGUUGCAGCCUUACCUCCAGACCCUGCCAGUCACAGCCAGGAUAGAUGCCAUGGCUGGGAUUGAUUACUCCUUGGUGGCACCCCCAGCUGCUACUGCCCAAUCCCUGGAUGCGGACCUGAAGGGUGAGUUCUUCUCCCUGGCCCACCACUCCUCCGUGCCCUUCCCUCCUCCGCCACUCGCCUUUCCUCCGGACCAUGACCGCAUGGUUUACUUUGGGGCCUCCAGCUACUUCUUCAACACGGCCAGCCUGGUCUACCAUGCCGCAGGGGCCCUGGUCUUCGAGCUCACUGACUCCAUGAUCCCAAAGGGCCUUGACUUCCAUCUGAACACCUCCAUCUUCUCAGCCUUCAUCCCCCAGUUGGAGAAGAUGUACCCCGACAUGCUGAUGAAGCUCAGGCUGUCCACCCCUGCUGCCCCCUUCCUAAGCAUCGGCCCUGAGGGUCUCUCGCUCCGGCCUGUUGUGGAUAUCCAAGCUUACGCCAUCCUUCCCAGCUCCAGCUUGGCUCCUCUUUUCCUCCUCAACAUGACAGGCAACGUGUCCGCCACCAUCGACGUGAAGUCCGGCAACAUCGUUGGGAACCUGACGGUCGGCAGGCUGAGGCUAUCUCUAAAGCACUCGGACGUUGGCCCUUUCCAGGUGCGAAUGCUGCAGUCAAUGAUGAACAUAUUUGCUUCCGGGAUCCUGCUGCCACGUCUUAAUGAUCGAUUAAAACAGGGCUUCCCUCUCCCGCUGCCAGACAGGAUACAGCUCUCCAACGUCAUCUUGCAGUCGCACCAGGUGAGCGAGCGCCUGGCUGUGGCCCUUUACCGGGGGCCAGGAAGGUGGCGGGGGCCCGACACCCGUGGGAGACUGGGCUGA